GGGUGGGCGUGCUGGAGAGGUUAAAAGUCCUGGGCUGACAGAGGGGAGGCCAGACCCAGUGGGGCCGAGACCCAGGGCCGGCUCUGCAGAUGCUGCCCGUGCUGCUGCCACCGCUGCUGCUGCUGCUGCUUAGGCCCAGGCUGAUGGAGGCCUACAGCAGGAAGGGCCCGGCCACGUGGCCUUGGCAGGCAAGCAUCUUUCUGGACAGCCGGUACCGCUGUGAGGGGGCCCUCAUUUCCCCAGAGUGGGUGCUGACAAGUGCCAGCUGCUUUGGCAGCUGGCCGCUGGCCCUCUUCAGUGUGACCCUGGGCCCAGAUCGGCUGGCGCUGGACACUUGUGACAGCAAGUCCAGCGUGGAGGCGCUGCUCCUGUCCCCAGGAGGGCCCAAGGCCUCGGGAUCUGGUGCCCUGGCCCUGGCUCGGCUGGCAAGGCCACCAUCUCUCAGCAGUGCCAUAUGGCCUAUCCCUCUGGCCACCCGGCCCCAGGGGCGGAUCUGCUGGGCCCAAGGCUUUGAUCCUGACUUGGACCCCCACGCCCCGCCCCCAAGGCUGGAGAGCACCCCCCUGAGGCUGCUGCACACCGACACCUGCAGAAACACCUUCCAGCUCAACUGUCCUGACCUGCAGGCCCUCCUGCCCAAGGGCUCCCGGUGCACGAGCGCCCCCACCGGCCCAGCCCAGCUGGUGGUGUCUGAUGGGAGCCCCCUGGUCUGCUUCCAAGCUAGCAGCUGGCGGCUGGAGGGUGUGAUGACCUGGGGUCCCUGCUCCCGGCCUGGCCUCCCUGAGGUCUACACACGUGCCUGUCCCCUCAUUUCUUGGAUUCGGGAGAAGGUCUCCAAUGCCACCUUCGAUACCUCAGCCAAGAUGCACUCUUGGGACCAGCCCAGGACCAGGCAGAGGAGGCAGUGAGGGUCCUUAGGGAGUUCUGGGUUUGAAACCUGGCUCAGCUCCUUACCUGCUGCUGCGAUGGUGUCCCAGUCACCUCCUUUCUGAAUCUGCUUCCUCUUUUGUGCAACGGAGAUGUAUUCAAUUAUUCAGUCGGUCCACAGCUGCCACAUGCUCCCUACACAAGGUUGCUGCAGCCCCUGUGCUCAUGGAGUCUGGGGGGUGAGGUGAGCAUUAGCCAGCGCUCUGACAAUAAUAAAUGUGCAAAUGCGAACCGUGAUGGGUGCUUUAGACGG